CAGUAUACAUUCUGAUUGUUUUGUUGUACAUUCAUGCAACACUGUUGUAUGAACAUUUAUAAAAGUGUAAGCUCCACUGUCUCAUAGUUGAAGACUCUAAUAAGACUAUAGUGAGAUAUAAAUAUGAAUACUCUACCACUAUUGAUUGUAAUUCUUGUUGCCAGUUCUGAAACUGUUCAAGGCUGCAUUGAUGGAAAGGUACAGAGACUAGAUGAUGGUAGAGUCAAUAUUUGCUCUGAUCAAGAAUGGAAAACUGUAUGUGAGAAAAACCCUGAUGGUAGAUGGAAUGUCCGUAAGACUAAUGUCGCCUGCAGACUGCUCGGCUACGCAGAUAAUGGUGCAACUGUGAAUCGAAUGUGCUCAAAUAAAACUGCUCAGACUAAUUACAUUAAAGUUCAAAAGUGCAAUGGAACUGAGAAUUUUCUCGAAGAAUGUGGAAUAGCCUCAACCGAUUUUGAGGAUUGUCGAAGUAAUAAUUGCAAUAAUGGUCAGCAAAGAAUUCCUCUAAUAACUUGUCUACCAGUGAACUGCACUAACGGGACUAUAAGACUGGUGGAUGGAUCCACUGACAGAGAGGGACGAGUGGAGGUGUGUGUGGGCGGUCGCUGGGGAACUGUUCAAACAAACAAUUUGCAAAUGGUUGAAUUUGUUUGCUCUACACUGGGUUUCCCAACUGAAGGUUCAAAAGCAGUCACUACUUUUGGCCAUGGAACAGCUCCAAUAAGAAGCUGUGUAAUAAUAAACAGCAUCAUUCACUGCGUAGACAUUACAGAUGACGAUUCCAUGGAUCUUGGUGUUGUGUGUAAGACACACCAAGAUGUUAUCAGUUCAGUUAUUAAUAGGACAAUCAAUCAAACCCUUCAGACAUGUCCUGAACAAACCACGACCAGCGGAACAAAUCAGCCAGCCACCACCAGCAGUGAAGUAGACCAUUUCAUUACAUUAGCUAAUAAUGAAAUGGUCGGUAGCUGUCCUACUGUCGUCUUGGGAGGAGUGAUUGGACUUCUGGUGGUUGCACUCCUAGGACUUGCUAUUGGAUUGACUAUAACUUGCUGUGUGUUGUGGAAACUCAGGUCACAGAAACAGCAAGCUGAGUAUUCUCAAGUGCAAGAACUCUCAACAAUUCAACCACAACUGAACAACCCAGUGGACAAUGUGAGCAUGGAACCAAAUAAUGCCUACAGCUCCAGUGAACCCAUUUACGAACAAGUUGCCAAUGGCAAUGAGCAAGAUCACACUGUGGUAUCCUGACUUCACACAUAUGUUAUGUGUUCAACUUGUCAUAUUAUGUAUAUCCUUAUGAAUUAUAGUUAUGUAUAAUCCAGAGAAUGUUCUGGAUUGUUUUUGGCCUCAUGCUUACUGAUAUCUAGCUUGAUUAUGCAGUUCACUCCUGUUUAACUGUCCACGUGUCUGUGUUUCUUAUUCAGUCAGUCAUUUCGCCAGGGUGCAGCUUAUCUGCACAUCUGGGCAGAGACAGCGAACAAUAGUAGCUAUAAAGUUAUACUACUUUUUCU